AUGGCUGCCAUCAACAAGAUCGCCUCCAACUCGCCGUCCCGGCAAAGCCCCUCCGAGCUGGAGACCGCGAUCGCCGGCGCUCUCUACGACCUCGAGAGCAACACACAGGACCUGAAGGCCUCCCUUCGUCCCCUGCAGUUCGUCUCUGCCCGUGAGGUUGAGGUCGGCCACGGCAAGAAGGCCAUCAUUGUCUUCGUCCCCGUCCCCCUCCUGGCCAACUUCCACAAGAUCCAGCAGCGUCUGACCCGCGAGCUCGAGAAGAAGUUCUCCGACCGCCACGUUCUCUUCGUUGCUCAGCGCCGCAUCCUGCCCCGCCCCAAGCGCUCCGUCAACUCGCGCUCCAACCAGACCCAGAAGCGCCCCCGCUCGCGCACUCUGACCGCUGUCCACGAUUCCAUCCUCGCCGAUCUCGUCUACCCCGUCGAGAUCGUCGGUAAGCGCACCCGCACCAAGGAGGACGGCUCCAAGACCCUCAAGGUCAUCCUCGACGAGAAGGAGCGUGGUGGUGUCGACCACCGCCUCGAUGCCUACGGCGAGGUCUACCGCCGUCUCACCGGCCGCUCCGUUGCCUUCGAGUUCCCCCAGAGCGGCGCUGAGUUCUAG